UCGCACCCAAGAAAUCAUCGGUACUGCAGAUAAGAGACAGACACUCCACUAUCUCUAUCAAACAGUACAUCUCCCAUCUGCCACUUUUAGUCGGUACAGAUCCACCCACCAUCACUCCUGUACCGCAUAUACGGUCCCAUACGUCCAUUCUUGCAUCUCGCCAAACAUCCUGCUCAUCCCUCUUUUUUUCGGCGCCAUUGAGUCGUUCUUUUGUUGCCAAUCUUGUCAUUGAUUCUUCACUCCAACUCGCCAGUAAUUGACCCAUGAUUAAAGGCUGGAACUACUCGCUUGGAGAGGAGCCUGUUUCCACAACCGUCUCGACCCCCAGACGAAGCCGCAGAGCCCAGCCAAUUGCCCAAUCGAUCACGUUAAAGAGAGACUCCGAUGGCCUCGAGAUCAAGCCAGGAGACUGCUUGAUGGUCCAACAGUCGAAACUGUCGGCAGAGGUAGCCUUCGUCAAGGAAAUCAAGUUUGGAAGCAGCAAAUUCAUUGAUGUGGUGGUGUUGUGGUUCAUCCGCGCAAAAGACAUCGAUCCAGCCCGUCUACAAGGACCCUUGAACCACCACGAAUUAUUCCUCACACCCUACUUGGAGGAUAUCGAGUUGACUGAUAUCAUCGACAAGGUCAACGUGGUGUCGGAACAAGAGCUCGCUGCCGAUAUAGUGGUAGAUGAGUCCAAUCUGGGCACCACUUUCAUGACCCGAAAAGGGUGCAAUUCAGAGGGUGAUAUGUUUAGCGAGCCUUACGACUACCGAGAACUCCUCAAACUAUUCACCAAGGACCCUAAUGAAUUUGUGGAGUAUAUCAGAGAGAAAACUGUGCCUGUAGCCUACAAGGCUAGCAAAAGAAGUCCCAAAAAGGCCCCCAGUGUGCUUGAGAAAUUGAAGCAGGUUGAAACCAAACAAAAAUCUGCUUCUCCGACCAGGAAAAGGAUUCUUGAACUGGAUGAAGAGGAUCUGGGGGACAGCUCGGAUGAAUACUUUUCCCCCGAGGAAAAUCAAGACAAUGACGAUGAUUUAGAGCUGGAUGCAGAUCCACUCUCUGAUGAACAAUCUGAGCCAAAGUCAGAGCCUGAAGUCGCUAAGCCUAAAAAUCCCAGUACUCCCAGAAAAAAGCAAAAAACCCAAUCUUCUCCUACUAAAUCCCAGACCAGAUCUACUUCGAAAUCUCCUUCGAAAUCCCCCUCUAAAAAGAAGGAUGUGGAAUACAUGAAAUCAAUUUUGUCACCGUUGAAGAAGGGAUACAAGAUAAAACCAGACCUCAAUGCUCCUUCAUUGACUUUCUUGUCGCCCAAAAAGUCUGGUACACCACAAUUAUCCUCGUCAUCUUCCCAAGCCUUUAAGGAAAUCAAGGCGAAAUUGCAUACUUCUGCAAAAUUGAGUUCUCUCCCAGGUAGGGAAGACGAAAUGCUUCAAUUAUUGGAGAAGAUUUCUACUGCCAUUGAAACGGAAACGGGAUCGUGUGUCUAUGUGAGUGGAACUCCUGGUGUGGGUAAGACUGCUACGGUUCGAGAAGUGAUAAAACAACUCCAGGAAUUGUCCGAAGAUGGGGACUUCAAGCAGUUUGACUAUCUCGAAAUCAACGGUCUCAAGCUCCUCACUCCCAGUGUAGCGUACGAAUUGUUGUGGAAAAAAAUCUCAGGAAUUAAUGUCAGUGCCUCCAAUGCUGCCAUUCUUCUUGAAAAGCAUUUUGAUACCAAGAGAGACAACAGCCGUCCGUUGGUGGUUUUGAUGGAUGAAUUAGAUCAGAUCGUCACCAAGAAGCAGAAUGUCAUGUAUAAUUUCUUCAACUGGCCCUCUUAUGCGAAUUCCAAGCUAGUUGUCAUUGCUGUUGCCAACACCAUGGAUCUUCCAGAAAGAGUUUUAUCCAACAAGAUCUCCUCCAGAUUGGGGUUGAACAGAAUCCAAUUCGUUGGAUAUACGUUUGACCAGUUGGGGGAGAUCAUUAAGCAUCGUUUAAGUAUGUUAACCAAACAGAACAAACGGAAAGUGAUCAUCACCGAUGAUGCCGUUGGCUUUGCUUCCAGAAAAGUGGCCAGUGUUAGCGGUGAUGCUAGAAGAGCUUUGACAAUCUGUCGGAGAGCGGUGGAAAUAGCUGAAAAAGAAUACUUGGAAGCGAAGACCCAAGAGGAGGUGAAAACGGAAGAGGAGGAGUCUUUCCACGUGCAUAUCAAUCAUAUUUCCAAGGCCAUCAAUGAGACGAUCAACUCUCCCAUCUCCCAGUUCUUAGUGACCUUGCCGUUUGCGUCUAAGCUUUUUCUUCAAGCAGUCCUAUUGAGAAUGAAGAGAUCUGGUUUGGCAGAAAACUCGUUGGGUGAUAUUAUCGACGAAAUGAAGAACUCUCUUCAGUUGCUUACCUCAGACAAGGGUACCAAUGUACUCAAUCCUUUGGGCGCAAAUAUUACUUUACUUGAUUUAUUGUAUGGAAACAGUCUCGCCGACUCUUCUACAAAACUCAAUAUUAGGUCCUGGAAGUUCAAGCACUUAGUGAAUGAGUUGGUGGAGUACGGGAUCUUAAUGCAACAAAAUGUUCCCGGUGAACGUUACAGGCUGAUCCAACUCAAUAUUUCGGAGGAAGAGCUUUCUCUGGCAUUGAGAAGAGAUAAAGACAUUUUGGGGGAUAUCUAGACACAAUAGAAGUGAUUUAAAAUUAGUAA